GUUUCAAAAUUCGAUUCGCAUUGUAUAUGUCGGUAUUGACCUUCAGCUUUACAUCGUUUUUGUUUGGUCGAUUGAUAACCACUCGAGAAAUAAGCUACGAAACAUUACCCGUCCAGUGUUACAUACCCGAUGCAGUACCUAUUUGGGUCAUGUUCCUAUGGCAAACGAUACAUCUGUAUUUCUUGUUCUUCAGUAGUGGAACACCGCUGUUUACUAUGUGUGCCAUGACAUAUACUAGCCUACAGCUCAAAAUAUUGGAUUAUGAGUUACGAGGAAUUUUCGAACAUGUUGAUGUGGACAAUGAUGAUGUUUUCCGGAACGUCCAGAGCAGGAUUGCCAAAUGCAGCAAGCACCAUAGCUUUCUUUUGAGUUUCAGAUCCACAUUAAAUGAAGCUUUUUCAACAGUCAUGAUAUUGUACUUAGGUCUGAUGAUUUUAGUUCUAUGUAUUGGUCUGUACGCAUCAUUUGCACUCAAAAGCAGGGAAGAUAUUCUGAGAACCCUGGCAUACGUAGCUAUCUACAAUGUUGAGUUUUUUGUGUGCUACUGCUUUCCCUCUCAAAUACUCAUGGACUAUUCGGAGGGCUUAUCAGAUACUCUGUAUUUCACUAAAUGGUACCAGUACCCAAAAUUCAACAAAAUGGUAUUGCUGUUGCUUUGCCAGCUCCAAGUAACUGUAGCAUUCAACGUUCGAGGAAUUGCGAGCUUUGGCUACGAUAUUGGUUUAAGGGCUAUUAAAACUGUUGUGUCGUACUGCAUGUUUUUAAGAGCAAUUAUACUAUAAAUAUGAUGAUCAAGCUACUUCAAGUAUUCUCUGUUGGAUUACGCUGGC